CACGGCAUGUCUGCCCCAGCGAAGGACGGCCGAGGCAGACUCAGUCGCUCCGGUGGGUCCGCCUGUGGUGCUAGCCAGCGACGACCAGCCGCCUGAAUGUAGAUCCGCAUGGGCUACUGCUAUUCUUUCUCUCCGAAUAACCCGGCGGAACCAUAAGAUAAGGAUCCCAGGAUGGUCUUAGUGCAUGUCGGAUAUCUGGUUCUUCCCGUAUUCGGCUCAGUAAGAAACCGAGAAGUAUUUUUCACCCUAGGGUCCCAUUUCAACCGGCAGCAGCAGCAGCAGCACAGCCAUGCUACCUCUUGCCGGCACUUCCAGUUAGGUCCUCAGGCGCCGCUGCCCAUGGACUUCCCCAUGCCCCACCCGGGGCAGCCGCAGUCAGGCAUUAACCCCCACCUGGCGCCUCCCGGCCACCAGCACGGCCCUCCGCUCCACCCGCCCCUCAACCCCCUGUCAGCUCCCCAGUUCCAGGAAAUCCCCGCCCCUCCCUUCCUACCUCAGGCAUUACACCAGCAAUACCUCCUCCAGCAGCAGAUCCUCGAGGCCCAGCACCGACACAUCCUGCCACCCUCCAGACGCACCCCAGAGAGAGUUCCACCAGCCCACAGACUGCGGCCCAGCUAUGAGUUUGCGCCCCCUCUUCAUGUCCCUCCUCAGCCUGUGGUGCAGCAGCCCCGCUACCUGGCUGAGGGCACAGACUGGGAUCUAAGUGUGGAUGCCGGGUUGCCCCCCCACCAGUAUCACAUCCAUCCGCUGCCGCAGCACUACCAGCACUACCUGACCUCUCCUAGGAUGCACCAUUUCCCUAGAAACAAUGCAUCCACACAAGUGGUGGUCCAUGAGAUCAGAAACUACCCGUAUCCCCAGCUGCACCUGCUGGCUCUGCAGAGCCUCAACCCGUCCCGCCACGCGUCCGCCGUCAGAGAGAGCUACGAGGAGCUGUUGCAGCUGGAGGACAGACUGGGCAGUGUGAACCGGGGAGCCGUCCAAACCACCAUCGAGAGGUUCACCUUCCCCCACAAGUACAAGAAGAGAAUACCCCAGGGCCUGAAGAUGUGUCUGGACGACGAGGAGCUUGACACCGAUGAGAAGUGCACGAUCUGUUUGUCGAUGCUGGAGGAUGGAGAGGAUGUCAGGAGAUUACCCUGCAUGCACCUCUUCCACCAGGGGUGUGUGGACCAGUGGCUGGCCACCAGCAGGAAGUGCCCCAUCUGCAGAGUGGACAUUGAGACCCAACUGACCCCCGACAGUUGAUAGCUCCUGUCGACUGCUGCAGCAGCUUUCGAUCUGGUCUGGUUAAUUGUUCAUCGCGUCCCUGCGGGUGGGGGGGGGCUCUGCCAAACGCCCCGCUCUUCCUCCCCAUCACUCAACGAGCCUGCCUGGUGAGACAGCCGUGACCGAGGGAUCGACAAAGCACACUCAUCUACAACACGACGAGGGAUGGAGGGGUGGGGGGUAGAAAGGUGGCUGGACUGAGGGGUUGCUUUGAAUGGACUCGCUGGAUGUAAGAGGUAGGGGCGGACAGAUGUGCUGAGGCUUCACACACAGGUCCUGUCAGAUUUGUGUACACUGUGUGCAUUUUUUCAUAGGGCCAUCGCGAGAGGACAUUUUUAAUUA